GAUUCGUAAUCCAUCGUAAUCGUGAGCACGUGUUGUGUAUGAAUAUCACGAAGGCUCAUAAAAAAGAUGGAUCUAAGUAAGCAAUCGCCACAUAUAAUCCGCACGACACAGCAAGAUAAAUCGAAAAAUCUUGGCUAUGUUUCGAAACGCGAUCAAAUAGCGAAGCAAUAUCAUAUCAUCAGAAGUUGGAAACCAUGGAGUGAUGUAUGGCCAUUGAAUUUUGGACGCAAUAUUCUGAUCAGUACGACGGUGAUUACCAGCAUUUAUAUUAAUCAUCUAUUUAGAAGGAAGAUGAAGCUCCGAAAUUAUGGAACAGUCCCCACGAUGUUAGGUCUCACAAUAACGCCAGCUGCAGUGACAGCUUUACUCCAUUCACAGUUGAUCAUAAAUAAGCUAUUAUUAUUAGAGAUACCAUGUUCUUUAUGCAUGGAGUCCAAGUCUGCCUUGUCGCAAACUUGUAGUGGAGUGUUUUUGCCACUGAUACUUGCACCGAUUGCAAACUUCUCAAUUGCUGCUGGAAGUGGAAUAUAUAAUGUGCCAUAUAUAACUAACGUAAGAGAAAUAUUUAGACAAGUCUUGACAAUCUAUCAGCCAAUGUUUCCCAAGAUUGCAAUGAUAUUUACUUUUCAUGCAUUGCUGGCUGGUUUUAUAACAUAUUCAGAAAUAAAAUCUUACCUUCGAAUGCUAGAUACACAGUACUUAAUAGAAGAAGAAAAAAAGGAA